AUGAAACGUCGAUCUCAGUCGCAUAUUUGCAUGAAUGUCUCAGUAACUCUCCUUUUGGUAGUCUCUGCCCUUUCAUCACUUCUCUGGCCGAACUACUUAAUUACUGCUCCCAACAUUAUUCACGCCGGGGUGGAAGAGACUGUCGCCAUUCAGCUGGAUGGAGCAGCAAAGCCUGUUAAAGUCAAAGUUUACUUAUUCGACCUCUUGACUUACAAUCAAUGUUCAGACGAAGUUGUUUUUGAACUAAAUGCUGCGAAUAACUACCGUCAAAUUAAAAAUAUAAUCGCCAUUCCUGAUCGUAUCGAGAAAGCUAAUAUUUGGUUACGUAAAGAGAAAUACGUUUCUCUUGCUGCUGAAUGCCCAGAACUGUUUUCAGGAAGGAGAAUGGUUCCCAUCUUGCUGUCAUCUAAAAGGGGCUAUAUAUUCAUUCAGACUGACAAACCUAUAUACACCCCCAAUGAAAAUGUGUUUUACAGGAUCUUUACACUCGAUCACUAUAUGAGACCAGUGAAGGAGAUUGUGAAAGUAACUAUAUACAACUCCAGAAAUAUGCAGUUCCCCAGCUUUCUCCUGAAGUCAGGAAUCGGGGACGCUUCGAAAAUAAAGAUUCCAGAUAUCGCCAAGCCUGGCAAUUGGCGAAUUGAGGUGCAGUUUGAAGGUUCACCAAUGUCCAUGGUAUCUGCACAAUUUGAGGUCAAGGAAUUCGUUCUCCCUAGCUUCAAAGUUGAGGUGAAGGCGGAAGAAAUGUUUUAUCUGAUAACAAAGGAUGGUUUCAAAUUCGAAAUUUUGGCAGAGCAUACAUAUGGCAAGGCUGUGGAGGGGAUGGCCUAUGUGAGAUUCGGAAUUAUUGACGAAAUGAAUAAUAAUACCUACAUCCGGGGACUGGAACAACAACUGCGGAUCAAGGCCGGAGUAGCGACGUCUUCCCUAAGGACAGAAAUGCUAUCGAAAAAAAUGAAAAAAUUGGCAAGUAUGGCUGAUCUUGUGGGACACCAUCUGUACAUGGCGGUAACAGUUUUUGAAGCAUCCAGUGGAGAAAUGGAGGAAGUAGAGCUCAGAAACAUCAAGUUUGUCUCCUCGCCAUAUGUGAUCGAUUUAUCAAAGACAAGUGGCUACUUUGUGCCCAACUUUCCAUUUACUGUGCAGGUGACUGAUAUUAACAGGCAGAAACUAAACGUUUUCAAAUCUCCAGCCACUGUUGCCAACAUGGAACACUUUGGUUACAGCGGGAGAUCAGGAGAACGCAAGAGUCUUGCAGUUGUGCACCACUUUAAGUAUGAAUAUUACGAUCAGGCCAAGAAUGACCCCCUAGCGGACAGGGUGCAGCUGAUGGUUAAUUCAUGGAAUGUUGAUGUAAGAACAAAGUCCAAUGUAACCGAGGGAAGGAAUCAAAUCAACCAAAAUAGACAAAUGUCCCAUGCCAAGGUCCAGGUAACUUAUCCUGAUGGAUCUCCUGCCUCAGAUGUUCCUGUGAAGUUAGAAGGAAAAUCACCACAAUAUACGCGGGAAAACGGCCAUGUCUUGUUAACAAUGGCACCCCCCUCCAAUACAGAUGUUUUUGAUAUUAAGGUGAUAGCUGGGGAUGGGGCUCCUGGAAGAGAGUUCAGUGAAGCAAAAAAAACUGUGCGGAUCUACCAUUCUAAGAGCAAGAGUUACCUCUACGUCAAUGUACCGCACAACAUAUUCGAUCCUGAUAGCUCUUUUCCAGCAGAUAUAUCAGCUGUCACUCCUGCAGGCAGUAGCGGUUUCAAGGUCUAUUACUAUCUGGUUAUAAGCAAAGGCAAAGUGCUCCAGAUGGGUGAAAUUCCGAAAUCGGAAGUCACAAACCUGCCUAUCUCAUUGAGCAUCUCUAUGGUUCCAGCGGCCAGGCUAGUUCUCUACUAUUACAUAAAUGUCGGGGGCAAAAUUGAAAUGGUGGCAAAUUCCGUGUGGAUUGAUGUUAAGGAUGUCUGCGAAGGAAAGAUUACGAUAAAAGAUAUGCACAAGGAAUAUAAACCGGGAGGCAGAGCUGACAUAAUUAUUAAAACUGAAGACAGGGGACAACUGUCUCUUGUCAUCGUCGAUACAGCGAUUUAUGUUCUCAACAACAAGAAUAAACUGACAGCCAACAAAGUCUUUGAAGAGAUGAAUUCUUAUGAUCUUGGAUGCACAUUUGGAGGUGGUUCUGAUAGCCGUCGUGUUUUCAUGGAUGCUGGACUGACAUUUAUUUCCAAUGCUGCAUUGUCAAUGAUUCGGAAUGGAUAUUCAUGCAAAACAGAUAACAGAAGAAUGAAAAGAUCACUGGAUAUUCAAGAGCAAUAUAUGGGAAAAUUAAGUCAUUAUGCCGAUAAACGCCUAAGGAGUUGCUGCACCGAUGGAAUAACUAAAAUUCCCAUGAGGCGUAGCUGUAAGGAUCGGGCGAAGAGAGUCAAGGACAUGGAAUGUAGAAAGGUUUUUCUCACCUGUUGCGAGUUUGGUGUGGAACUGAGGCAUAACCAGUCAAUGAAGCUCGAUACAGUGGGAAGAAUGGUGGAGGAUUAUGAAGACGACUUCUUUGAUGAGGCCUCUGUCCGUGUACGCAGCAUCUUUCCACAAAGCUGGCAAUGGAGAACGUAUCGUGACUUACCUGCAAGAGAGCACAAGUUUCAAGUUCACAUCCCCGAUUCCAUCACAACGUGGGAAGUUCAGGCGGUUGGCAUGUUUCAGAGUAAAGGUUUUUGUGUUGCCGAGCCUAAGAAGAUGAAAGUUUUCAAGAAUUUUUUUAUAUAUUUGCGGUUGCCAUAUUCAGUCAAAAGAAAUGAACAACUGGAAGUGAGAGCAAUAGUGUACAAUUACCACCAUGAAGAACUUAAGGUGAAUGUAUUUAUGAAGCCCGUGGAUAACCUUUGUAGUCCUGCCACAGGCAAGGAGCAUGAAAGGACUGUGACUGUUGGCGCAAAAUCGGCCUACCCCAUAUACUUUUCUGUUGUCCCACUAGCCAUUGGCGUUAUUCCAAUCACUGUAAUUGCCUACGUCAAUGGUGAUGUACUAGUAAAUGACGCCGUUACAAGAAAACUGAAUGUGCUGGCAGAAGGCGUUCUGAAGACAGAAGGUCGAAGCAUUUCCAUUGAUCCACGUGUGAAGAGCUCCUUUGAAAUAUUUGAAGAAAUCCCUUCCAAUGUGGUCCCAGACACCAAGUCCUAUCUUUAUAUUCGUGCAAGAGGUGAAGUGUUGGGGGAAACUGUGCAAAACUGCCUUUCCCCAGAAGGAGUUGAUCGGCUCAUUCAAUUACCAUCAGGGUGCACCGAGCAAACAACAUCUCGAUUGGCACCAACCGUGUUUGCUGUUAAUUACCUAGACAAAAGCGACCAAUGGCUUUGCCUAAAAGCGGAAAGAAAAGAUGAAGCGAUCGAGCAUAUUAGAGCAGGGUACAAAAGGAUAGUGGAACAUCAAAGUCCUGAUGGAUCAUACGGAGGAUUCAACCACUACUCCAGCAGCAGAUGGUUAACGGCAUAUAUUGUUAAGAUACUCUCGAUUGUUAGGAAUCAAGUCGAUGUUGAAAAGGAACACAUUCAGAAAUCCGUCUUGUAUUUGGUGAACGAUCAGAAGGAAACUGGAGAGUUUCACGAUCCUAAUUUAUCCUUUAGAGGGUUGAAGGUCGUGGGUGCCGAUGAAGUGAAUGGAGAUAAAAACGGAGUAAGAUAUCUGAGACAGGGGGCCAGCUCCCUUCCACUAGCAUUACACCUAUCACCGAAAGUGAAAUGCACAAAAGUCAACUCCGAAAUGGACACAGAAUGGGCGUUGUUGGCCACAGCGACGUACUGCAUUCGCACUGCGCCAAAGUGCUUCACAGAAACUCCGUCGAUAAUGGACACCAAGCCACAUAAGGAGAUUUUACGACAGUUGACAAAGGGCUUGGUCAAAGAGUUAGGUGUUAAGCAACUUCUGAAAGAGGAUUCCCCGAUGCGAUUGGUCAUUUUCACCGAGGCAAUACACUGUUACCACAGGACAGGAAGCACGUGUGUUACCUAUAUUGGAGCCAGUUAUUGCGCCACGGUGGAACGCAUUCACUUCAGGCUCAAUGCUAAGUCUCAGUCUGAAGAAAGCCUACUCCUGAUGGAACCUAAAGCUCUUCUAUUCUCCUAUCUCUACCCUUACUUCUUUCAGAAAGCAAGCAUUUCAAGAGCGAUUAAUUACCUUUCGAAUGAGCUUGCCAAUAUUAAACGACCCUACGCAUUGGCUGUCACCGCAUAUGCCCUUGCUUUGGUGGACCCUGGUAGUUCGGCUACGCAUGAGGCGGAUGAAAAACUGAAACAAAUGGCAAUUUAUGAUAAAGGAAAUGAUGUUCGCUACUGGAACGCUGAUAAAACGUCAGAGAGAGCACAUCAAGCAUCGGCUAUAACAAUAGAGACCACCUCAUACGCAUUGCUUCAGACCGUCGCCAUGAAAGAUCUCAACUACGCCAAACCCAUUGUAAAAUGGUUAACUGAGCAACGGCGUUACGAAGGAGGAUUCCGCUCGACCCAGGACACAGUGGUUGCCCUGGAAGCUCUGUCAGAGUACAGCAUUGCUACAUUUCAGCCUGAGGAAUUAGAUAUGCGUUUUACGUUCAGCCAUCCUAUUAGAAAGACGAAGCACAAUCUUCAUAUAAACAGAGAUAACGCUUUGGUACAGGACAAGUUAAACUUCCCACUUGGAUACCCCAUUAGCAUCCAAAUUACGGGUAAAGGGACUGGAUCGCUUACGGUUCUGAAAUCAUACCAACUUAUGACGGAACCCACGAACACCUGUGAUUAUUUCAGUCUUGAAGUUACGGUGAAAGGCAAGGUGAAAUAUAUGGCCCUUCCGGAUUACUCCAACUACGAAGAUUAUGAUGAGCAUUUACCAGGGGACCAACCCCUGAGUGAAAUCGAAUGGUUUGAUCUUCGGUCCCGGAAGAGGAGAGAUGCCCCGGAUGCCGAUAAGGACAGAACCAUCUAUUACGAAGUCUGUGCAUGGCAUGAGCCCGAUGGUGAUUUGGAUCAUAGAGCCUCUGGGAUGGCCAUCGUGGAUAUCUCUCUCCUCAGUGGAUUCGAGCCAGAACACGCAGAUUUGGACAAGUUAAAAAACAUUGCCGAUAGAUACAUCGAUGAAUAUGAAUUCAAGGAUGGAAGAGUAAUACUAUAUCUUGAGAAGGUCACUGAGCAGAGAGAAUGUGUUGUAUUUGGUGCAAAGCAAAUCAUUCCCAUCGGAUUAAUUCAACCGGCAAGUGCGACACUUUACGACUAUUACAACCCAAGUACAAAAUGCAACGUAUUUUAUAAUGCACCGGAACAAAGCACCAUUGUAUCAAAGCUCUGCCAGAAUGACGUUUGCGAAUGCGCUGAAGGCCACUGCCCGCAGAUGAAGAGAACUUUUUCCCCAGAUGCGGCUGGAGACGCGCGGAUGAAUUUCGCCUGCUACAGGCCGAUCGUCGAAUACGACAUGUUGCUAAUUAUUGCUGAAAAGCAGAUAUACUGUCGAAAUUUUCGUCUGGCAGUUAUCAGGACAGUUAGGCAAGAUAACCUGAUAGCAAAGAGCAAAAGUCCCGGGAUUAGACGGAAAGCAUUUAUUGUCAAUGUGUCAGGAAUCAGUAGCUCAGGAAGCUUCAACGUCUAUGAGACAAUCAUCAUAGAAAGUAUCAAAUUCGCCAGUGACGAGGGCGUUGUGAAGAAUGAUAUCCGGCAUUUCAUCAAGCGGGUUGCUUGUCCAAUGAAACUGCAGCUUCACCAAUCUUACCUCUUGAUGGGAAAGGAUGGAAAAACCAAAGAUGCAAAUAGAAAUACACAGUAUAUUCUUGACUCAGACUCUUGGAUUGAAGAGAUGCCACCAGCAAGCAAAUGCCAAGCCACGAAAACCAGACGCAUCUGUGAGGAAUUAAAUCAGUUCACCGUCAACCUUAACACAAUUGGAUGUCAAAUGUAAGGCCAUUUGGACAUGGCACUUCUCACCUUUUAACUUGCUUUACCGUUGCAAACUCUACGAUCUGCAUAGCAAUCUGUUCCAAGUAAAACGCAUUUAAACACAUUAAAGCUCAUACAUGGAAUAAAUGUUUCAUCCAAAUGUUGGAAUAUUUUUAACACAGAAUUUUCUUGUUUCAAUGAAUACAUCCUGUGUCAUAAACCUUAAACUUGAAUGUAA